GAUUCGGACUCUCUCAUCCUCGACCGGGAGCGCGCGGCAGUCCAGGAGUGGCUGGACUCGGAUUUCAUGUUUCAUAUCAUGAGGGACCAUCCCGGCCACUACGCCUACAUUCUUGCAGGCCUUUGGGGCGCGAAGCCGCACAUGGACCGGGAGCUGAUGGCGAACCUGACGCGGCGGAUGCUGUUCCACACCGAGUCGAAGCACCGGAAGACGUUCGACCAGGAAGUCCUCCGACGGGUUCUGUGGCCUGCGACCAAGGACAGAAUGAUGGCGCACGACAGCUACUACUGCACGAAUCCGAACUUUCGGGGUCCGACUUAUCGACCGUUCCCGACGCGCAUCGAGGGACGCCUCUUCGUCUCGUACGGGCCGCGGUUCGCCAAUACCAAGAGGAACAACCGCAAGUGCCCGGCGAAGUGCAGGCCGCCGGAUCACCAGGACUGGGAACUCUGCUGAUCUCCACCCCGCUUGCCAUCCUUUCGAUGUUUCCUCGAUUUUUUUUUUACAAUGGGAAUUUUUUUUGCCAACACUUUGCGAUGUCACUGCGAUGCCUAGGGAGGUAAAGGACAAUAAAAAGUUUCACAAAUAAUGAAUGGGA